GAGGACUCUUGUUCUUUCUCUGCGUUGUCUUGAUCAUUACUAUCCCUAGGCUUCGAUUGGAUCUCCAACAGGGUGAAUGCUGUCUCUCUUAUCCUCUUGUCCUACAUCGCUCUAGUGUCUCGCGGCCGGGAUACAUAUAUCUAUCAAGAUCGCCCUCCUACCCCAGCUCCCCUUUUCUUUCCUCUGUUCCAGCUUAUAGCAAAGGUUGUAUUACACACCGGUUGCACGAACUCGGUCUCGAUUUAAUUGGGGCUUGCUACUCGCUUGAUUACUCGGAUUUCUCCCUCUCCCUCCUCUAUCUCCGUCUUACUCAACUCAGUGCCCCCCAGUCUUGCCUCGUUUUCCAAUUUAACCAUGGCAAAGACUUUCACCAAAGAAGAGGUUGCGUCACACAACAAGUCUGAAGGCCUCUGGAUCAUCAUUGAUGAAGAUGUCUACGAUGUGACUAAGUUCCAGGAGGACCAUCCAGGUGGAAAGAAGAUUCUCCAGCGUGUUGCCGGAAAGGACGCUUCAAAACAAUUCUGGAAGUACCACAACGAGGGCAUUCUGAAGAAGUACAAAGGAAAGCUGCAGAUCGGCUCCUUGGAUACGAAGAAAGCUGCAGCUCCACCACCACCCCCAGCUCCGGCCCCGGCCCCGGCCCCGGCACCAACGGGCCCUCCGGCCAAGCCUAGUGGACCUCUUGAACCAUUCGGUGAUCUUGUUCCCUUCGGAGAUCCUUCCUGGUACCAGGGUUACAGCUCCCCUUACUACAACGAGUCACACGUCGCCCUGCGCAACGAAGUCCGGCAAUGGGUUGAGAGUGAAAUAGAACCUUACGUCACAGAAUGGGACGAGGCCAAACAAGUUCCGGCCAGCAUCUACAAGCAGUUGGGUGAAAGGGGAUACUUGGCAGGAUUGUUGGGUGGUGUUGGCUACCCUGCCCAUCUGGCGAAGUACAAGGUGAAGAGCGUAGCUCCGGAGCAUUGGGAUCACUUCCAUGAGCUGAUAAUCACGGAUGAGCUGUCCCGUUGUGCCAGCGGCGGUGUGGUCUGGAACUUGCUUGGUGGUUUCGGCAUUGGUUGUCCGCCACUGGUCAGAUUCGGUAACAAAUCCGUUGUCGAAAGAGUUGUCCCUGGCAUUUUGGCCGGUGACAAGCGUAUCUGCCUUGCCAUUACUGAGCCCGAUGCCGGUAGUGAUGUAGCCAACCUGACAUGUGAGGCAAAGCUCACCCCCGACGGCAAGCACUACAUCGUCAACGGUGAGAAGAAAUGGAUCACCAACGGUAUCUAUGCCGACUACUUCACCACUGCAGUCCGUACCGGCGGCCCUGGCAUGAAUGGCGUCAGUCUACUGCUCAUCGAGAGGUCCUUCGGCGGUGUCAAGACCAGGCGCAUGGACUGCCAGGGUGUUUGGAGCAGUGGUACUACCUACGUUACAUUCGAAGAUGUCAAGGUGCCCGUGGAGAACUUGAUUGGAAAGGAGAACCAGGGUUUCAAGGUUAUUGUCACCAACUUUAACCACGAGCGGAUUGGAAUUAUUAUCCAGGCAUUGCGUUUUGCCCGUGUCUGCUAUGAGGAAUCUGUGAAGUACGCGUAUAAGCGCAAGACCUUCGGCAAGAGACUUAUCGACCACGAUGUCAUCCGUAUGAAGCUUGCACACAUGGCCCGUCAGAUCGAGGCAUCAUACAACUGGCUUGAGAACAUCAUUUACCAAUCCCAGGUCAUGGAUGAGACUGAGGCGAUGCUUAAAAUGGGUGGCGCCAUCGCUGGCCUCAAGGCCCAGUCGACCACGACCUUUGAAUACUGUGCUCGCGAGGCAAGUCAGAUCUUUGGCGGUCUCAGCUACAGCCGCGGAGGCCAAGGUGGUAAGAUCGAACGGCUGUACCGUGAUGUUCGCGCCUACGCUAUUCCCGGUGGUAGUGAAGAAAUCAUGCUGGAUCUGAGCAUGCGUCAGAGCUUGCGUGUGUAUAGGAUGUUCGGAAUGAAGCUCUGAGGUGCCUCGUUUUGCGCUUUGGAUAGAUGGUAUCUUCUCACUUCCUCAGGAGGCUUUGCAUGGGAUAUGCUAAAGCCAUUACUCGUUCUGUUAUAUAUUGGGAUUGAGAUUGGUUUUUGUAUUAUUAUACCACGUUUUAUUGUUAGUGAUCAAGAGUACAUGUGUACAUAAACACUCGCAGCAUCUCCGAGAGACGAUGAUUUGAAUUCGUACCCUGCUUGAUAUAUAAAAAAGGAGUGAUCUGCUCUUAAAAAAGCGAAUCGAAAGGAAGGCAGGAUGAAG